UUGCAUAUAGGGUCGCCUGAAAGCAUGCAGUGAUGAUGCUAUUGAGGAGAGAUGGCAUCGCACGUGUGUGAUGUGACAACUAGCGUGCCAUGAAGAUUCUGAUGAGCGCGUGUUCGAGGAUGUGCCCCGGAGUCUCACAGGGCCUGCGCACUAAUUGCGCGCGCCUGCUGGUAGCAUCGUUGCUGGUGUCCAUGACGAUGUCAAGCUCACCUGUUGCAGGCGGUGUGGACUCCAACGGAACGACAGCAAAACGGUCCUCAUCGCGGUCGUCAUCGUCACCCUCUUCCAGAUGGCCAGGCGCCACCCCACCCAAAGACACUAGUCCCCAUGGUAACACUGAUGCUGCCUCAGUGGACGAUGAAGCUCAGGGCAUACAUCUCCUCCUGAGACCCCCGGACCUGCUGUCCCCCAGCCACCCCCCUCCUCCCCCCCACAGCCAGCCCACCCUCACCCCGCCCCCGCCCUGGGAACACGCCCCCUCCCUAGAGGAGGCCUGGGGGUCUGGUGACUACCUGGAAACGCUCUCCUUCAUGGGCCCAGAGGGGGAGGAACUGGCCCUGGCCACACCCUUACCCAGUCACACCUACGACCCUGACGACGGGGCCUCCUAUGACACCUCCUUCCCCUCCCGCCCAACUCCCCUGUCCUCCAGCCUCCUCCGACCCUAUACGUCCCCCACCUCCCCCCUCCGGGAGGGUCUCCCCUUCACUCACCCUGCCCAGCCUGAGGGAUACCCUCACUGGGAUGAAGAAGACUAUGACCUGGGGGACAUUUUUCCUCUGGAGCCCACGGAGCUGCUGCUGCCAGAUAUGAACAGUCUGGAGUACUACACCAAUCUGCUGGCCAGAGAGAGAGACGAGGAGAGGGAACGGGAGAGAGAGAGAGAAGAGGAGAGGGAAUGGGAGAGAGACAGGGACCGGGAGCGAGAACGGGAGAGCGAAAGGGAGAGGGAUCGAGAUGGAGAAAGAGACAGAGAUAGAGAAAUUGUCAUCCCACCCCCAAAGACCACCCCCAAACUUGGCAUCACACCCACCACUACCACAAAAACACACAUACACACUCAGCCCCCAUCCCCCUCCCCUAGCACAGGGCCCCCUCCUGCCCGGGACCACAAGCACCCUCUUGUCCCCUCAGCAGGUCCCACCCCUCCCCUGACCCUCUCACCCACUCUCUGGGAGGGUCAGGGUACCUCCACCCCUGGAGUUAGACCCACCUCCAGAGUACCUCCUCAGCCUCCUGUUCCGCGGCCCAGAGUCCCCCCAGCUACCCCUGGCAGACACCCUCCACUGCCCCCAUCUAACACCACCAGCCUGGCUCGCCCCCCCAUGCUGCGACCUCCAGGGAGGGAACCCAUAAAACCACCACCACCACCACCACCUGUGACCGAGAUUCCCAGCAACCGACCGACGACCACUACCAAGGCAACCACUGUUACCACGACAACCCCUGGUACCCUGGCGAGCAUCACCCGGACUCCCCCAGCCCCUCCAGGACGCCAGUAUCUGUGUAACGUCACCAAGCCUGACAUGUACCUGGUCAGAGUGGUCCUGCCAAAGUCUGGCUCCACUGUGGGCUUUGGCCAGGUCAGGGACAUCUUGAAGAGGGAAUUCAACCGCUCAGUGGAGUUGCAGUUCCUGAGAACUCCGUCUAGCCUUGCGUUCCGUGUUGUGGCGGGACCUCUGAUCUUCACCGCCAUGUCUGUCGUCAACGCUCUGCGCCAAUCAACACGAAGCUCCUCCUUGUUCCCCACUGUCUCACCUCUCUACGGCAUACCUGAUCACAAGUACCAGAUACACUCUGUGCUGCAGUUUGUGCCCGGUCACGUGGAUGUGCGUGUGUGUAACUUCAGUGAGCGAGUGGAGAGAGGACUGCUGAUGGCCUACACAGAGACACGCAGACGUGCACAUGAAUUUGGCAACGUUACUGUACAGCUUCUGAACAUCACCAUGGGUCAGGCCAAGCCGCAGGGUGACCAGAAGGUUCCGGUGGACAUCACGUUUGCGUUGCGUGAUGGGCGGGGCUACCUGUUGGGGUCAGAGGUCAGCGGUCACCUGAGACACCUAAGCACGGUGGAGUUCAGCUUCUACCUGGGCUUCCCCGCGCUGCAGAUCGCUGAACCCUUCCACUACCCCGAGCUGAACGUUUCUCACCAUCUACGCUCCUCCUGGGUCCGCACCGUGUUACUGGGUGUCCAGGAGCAGACGGUGACGGAGCGGAGCUUCAAGGCUCGUCUGGAGCGCCGUCUGGCCCUGCUGCUGGAGGAGGGGCUAGGGGAGGGGAGUCAACGACCCCGCUGGAAAAGAUCCACGGCCGUGGGCAACAAUAGCUUACAGGUGGUGCGUGUGUCGAGGCUGGCAGGUUCAGGGCGUUCUCUGGAAGUGGUGUAUUUCGUGGAGGGACCAGAGGGGGAGAGAGUCCCUGCUGAUGCCACCGCUGCCACCCUCAACCGCCUGGAGCUGCAACGGGCUGCCAUCGUACUGGGGCACCGCGUCCAGAGACCCCUUGCCCAGCCUGUGGAGACCCUGACGGUGCCCCCGUCUGAGACUCAGAGCAGCAGUGUCUGGCUGAUUGUGGGGGUGGUGGUGCCUGUCCUGCUGGCUAUCUUCAUCAUCAUCAUCCUCUACUGGAAACUGUGUGGCUCGGAGAAGCUGGAGUUCCAGCCUGACGCCAUCAACACCAUCCAGCAGAGACAGAAGCUGCAGGCUUCCAGUGUGAAAGGGUUUGACUUCGCCAAGCUCCACCUGGGGCAGCACAGUAAGGAUGACAUCAUGGUGAUCCAGGAGCCUGGUGCCCUCCCUGUGCCCAUCAAAGAGUCCACCCCCUCUGAGGGAGGGGAUCUCAACACUCCCAAAUCCAAGGGCUCCUCCACCAAGGCUGCCCGCGCUAACCGCCGUAGGGGGAGACUGUCCCCGUCAGAUGGCGACUCGUUAGGUAGCGACCAAUCGAGUGGCAGGGAGUCUGCAGAGGAGACCACCAGACAUGUGGGCACGCCCCACGAGGGGAAACCGCACCGAAACAAAACGCCCAAGAAUGGCAAGAGACACGUCCCUCCCGCAGGCAGUGGUCCAGAUGAGCUGCUCUCCUCUUCCUCCAUCUUUGACCACGUGGACCGUCUGUCCCGAGGCUCGUCUGACGGCAGGGGUCGCCAGGCCAACAAGGUCCAGCUGAUUGCCAUGCAGCCCCGGCCCAGCCCACCACAACGCUCACACAGCCCCACCAUCACAGAGAGGGUCAGCGCAGAGGUGGCUCUGAGACAUAAGUCUGAGAUUGAGCACCACAGGAACAAGCUGCGUCAGCGGGCUAAGAGGCGGGGCCAGUGUGAGUUCCCCUCUAUGGAUGACAUCCUGGAUGCCUUCGGGCAGGCGCAGGAGGAGGCGGGGCAGGGAGGGUGUCCCCAGCGCCUCUACAGCUCAGCCCAUGACCACAUGGACAGCAUCCUGCACCCCGACCACCCCUCGCCCCCCACCCCAGGGGAAUCCAGGAAGAGGGGGAGGCGCUCUCCUCGGGGCCGGCGGAGGCAGCAGGGGAAUGGCAGUCUGCCAGACACAGACAGACUGACGGACAGAGACCGCCUGCUCACAGACAACAGCGCCACCUACAGGAAAUACCCUGGACUCAACAAUGUGGCCUACAUGUCCGACCCAGACCUACCUCCAGACCACGGCAGCCCCUCCCCUAACGACGAGGUGUUUGACCACGCCCCUCCCCCGCCCCCCUAUGUGCCCCCCCAGCCGUCCAUCGAGGAGGCGCGGCAACAGAUGCACUCCCUAUUGGAUGAUGCCUUCGCCCUGGUGUCGCCCUCCUCCCAGGGCAGCGUCAGUGUCGGGGUCACGCAGGUCAGCCCCGCCCUGCCAAGCCCCUCUCCCUCCCCACAGACACACCCAUCACGCCAGUGGGGCUCCUACCCCGCAGCCCCCACACACAGCCCCUUCUCUGCGAGGUAUGCAGAGUUGGGGAUGUCUCCCUCGUCAAUACAAGGCCUGUCGCAGAGGCAGGGCCUGGGUUCAGGGGCCUAUGUUACUGAAGAGGAGCAGUUGCAGGAUUCUGUCUACGCCAACAGGGGGCAGUAUGAAGAGCCCCCCUCCUCCUCCAGACCUCGGCCUGUUGGGGGAAGCACAGGUGCUCAGCUGCAUCACCUGACUCAGGUGGGCUUGUCGAGCCGGAUCAGUGCGUACCCUGGGGUGGGCCGCAGCGUCUCUGGGCCAACAGGCUCCAGCUGGAACCAGCAGCCUUUAGACCAGGACCUCUCCAGACCCGGAGCCAGCAGGGAGACUGUGCUGUCGUUCCCUGAGUUCUCCUCCUCCGGUGUGUUUCAGAUGCCCAGCUCCUCUCUGGGAGACCAUUCUGUCUCCCCAAUGCUCCUGGCCCCUCCCACUCCAGAGUUCCCCCUAGACGAGUCCUCCCCCUCAGCCCAAAGCUCCGCCUCCCUCAUCAAGGCCAUCAGGGAGGAGCUACGACGGCUCGCCCAGAAACAGGUUGCUGUGGCCAGCAGUUACUCCUAGACCAGUGUGAGCCCCUACCCCAUAACUGGUCAAAACUGCUGACUCUAAACUGGUCGGAACCAGUUUGAACUACUCAUCCUAAGCAAGUAUGGAUUGACCGGAAUCACUACCCCAAACUAGUUUGAAACAGUCAGAACCACUUUCUCUAAACUGGUGUAAAGAGGCUCAUACUACUAUUCAUAAGUUGGUCUGAACAAGACUGAACCAGUCUGCAACAGAUACGAUUUCCUUACAACAAUAACAUCACGGUUCUUUACAGGGUUCUUCUCUCUGUAAAGGUUCCUCGUUCAACAGCACAGUGUUUCCACUGGACAGGAGGAUCGAGUUUGUUUUCUUCAGUUCCAUAGAAAUGCUUCCUUGAGAGGGUCCGUCUCUACCCUUCCUGACCUCCUGUAUGUGGUGCUAAACCUCAGCCUCAUGUCUCCUGUCAUUAAGUUAACCACGCAUUGCCUUCAACACACAUUCAUCAUCAGCCAUGUUGGUGAGGUCUUCUCCAUUCAUCAGCCAUAUUGGUGAGGUCUUCUCCAUUCAUCAGCCAUAUUGGUGAGGUCUUGCACUGUAGAGAGAUUUGGAGUAUAGUAUACUUUGGGCACGGGGGACUUGAAUAUACAGAUGAAAAAAGUAUAUGAAAAUAUUAGUAGAUAUAAAAAUCCCAAAAGAGCACAAUAUGAAUGAAUAAGGGUGACCAAUGGAGUAUUGAAAUUGUAUUUAUUUUUUAUUGCUCUGAAAGUAUACUUGAUUUAAAUCCUUUAUUUUGUUCAAAAGAAGAUGAAAAAAGACCAAUACUGUUUGGAUGUUCUAUGGCUGUAUUCUCCCUGUGUUUGCGCUCACUGUUGCCGUGGAGCUGAUCAUAACGUUGUUUAUCGCAGUGGAGACGUCGCUUAGCAUAGUCGCUCCCUGCCCGUGUGUUCAUGUGUUGACGGCACAAAAAUGAAGAAGGAAAAACCAUGGAUUUGCAGAUAUAAUGUGAAUAUAUAUAUAUAUUUCCGGGGUGAUGAUUGACUCUGUCAAAUUGUGAUAGUGUUUCUCUUGUGAAAUUCAAGAUUGGAAUAGGAAUGAUUGUAUACAAUGGUAUGAACAUCGACAAAACGUGUUGCAAAUGUGAUUUUGAAUUUGGGGAUUUUGAUGGGGUGGUUUAUAGCGAGUGAAAAACACUAUGUCUAAUUUCCCCCAAAUGGCUUCCUUUCUUCAUCUCCUUUCCUUGGUCAGCUCUUAUCCAAAUGGAUGUAAAGGUGAACCUCUUGAAGGAGGUGGAUCUAGGAAACAAUGCUAUUUAGGACAAAUCGACAUAUACUAUACUGUAGUAGUUGGUGGGUUUGGUGAUGGUUAUUAAGUGCUCUUUGUCUCCAUCUGCUGGUGGUAUGGCUGCAUGGCUGGCUUCCAUCUCUGCUUCAGGCUGUUUUCUCUGUGGUCUUAUUGGGUUUGGUCAAUGGUCAGUAAUGUGUGGGUUUGUGCAGGCGAGAGAAGGUUUGCCCAUACAGCUCUAGCUAUCUACAGCAUGUUGACUACGUUUGAGGCUUCGGCUAGCUAGCUAUUAGUGAUGUGACAGUUAAUUGUUGUCUUCUCUCAGGCAUGCUGCUAAAAUAAGAACUUUUUUUUAAAACAAAAGUUCAACUGAAGAGUUGUAACACAAGUAAAGAGUGAGAAGUGCCAUCCGAACAUGAUCCAUCCAAGCACAUAACACAUCAUAAUAAUCAAGCAUUAGAAAAUAUACAGUAUGUUGGUGUUAUUCUCUUGUUUUGCCUUUUCUAAUAAUAUUUUUGAACCUAAAUGAAAAUUGAUAACAAUAAAUAUAGUAUAUAAAAGAAAAUAAAUAUUAGCUGAAAAUAUGUCAAACUAUUUUAUCUGUGAUUGCUCAAUUAUAUGGACAGCCUUCCAACACAUCAUCUUCCCUGUGGACCAAUCCUGAUUCAGAACUCUUCAUCUGCUGGGACUUAUAACCUUCCUGAUUGGACCUAGUACAUGUCAAUAAGGCUGUGGGAUUAUACGGAGAGUGGAGUCACAGAUGUGUGUGCGCGCGGACGACAAACCGAUUCACCUGGUGCUACUAAGUAACUUACAAUAACAGACCCCUCUCUCCCUCUGUACAGGGGGUUGGAGUGUGUUGAUGUCUCCUCAGUCUCACACAGCCUAUACCGACAUGGGGAGCACAGACACACACUGAUGUUGAUUGAUAUUCCUAUCUAAAAAGAUAGGAUUCUCUUGUCACUUCAAGCUCUGGACUUUGAGUAGCUGCGGGCGUCUCAUGAAGGUUUCAUAGAUCUGUGUUUUCUAGAUCUGCGUUUCAUAGUUCUGUGUUUUCUAGAUCUGUGAUUCUCUGUGUGUGUCUCCAGAGUGUCGGAGCAGGUGUGUUGUUGGCCCUGAUAUCAUAUGCCUAUACUCUGUCCCCAGAGGGUAUGUGUUUUGUUUACCUUUGAGACUGGGGCGGGCUCAUCUAUAGGCCACACCGUGGGGCGUGUCUUUGUAGUAGACGCUCGGGUGUAUUAAAUGUCAGACCAGGGUGGGGUUCCUGCCCGACUAGAUUCACAGACACUGCAUUGCGUCAACCAAUGGUCGCAUGCCACGUCAUCGACUGCUCAGUCAAAAAUCACAUGUUGUGGUUAACUGGUAUGUUAAACACCUAUCCAGCUGUUGUGAGGUCUGGCAUGUGUCUGCAAUGUUGUCGGGCAGGACCACCAAUACCUGUUUUUACAGCUCUCUCACCUUCCCACUCUUCGUACCUCUCUCCUGAGCUGCAUCCCCGUGGUGUAUUGAGUCUGAAUGAUGUGUAAAUCAAACA